AUGUUCCAAUCGGCGCGGUGCAUUGCCGUCCGCGUCUUUCCGUUGCCGCCAAAACCCACUCACCACGCAGGUAAUUGCGGGCUAGUGUCGACCUACUCUGACUAUCCUCAGCUCCGUCCGGCCCUUUGUCUCCGGAAUCUCCAGAAGUCUGCUCCACUUCAGCUAACGUCGAGUCGCCUUGGCCGUCAGCGAGAUCCUGAGGGCCCCAUCGACACAGCUGGCGAGCCUCUUGGGGCGACCGACCGACCGACCGACCACGCAAGCGAGUUCUGCGGCCAGAAUCCUCAGGCGCCCAGGCAACGUGCAUAUCCUCCUGUCCACUUAUGGUCUACACCUCCCACAAGCGACGGGGGUGGUGUUGCUAUCCCGUUGAUGGCGGCGUUUAGCAGCCAAACCGGUAUAGCGCUGACUCGUCCACAAGAGGAAGGGGGCGACGGGAAAAAAAAAAAAAACAAGCAAACGGAAAUUGAAGUCCCAAUGAGAAAAAAGAAUGCCACAAAAAAGGGAAAAGGAAAAGGAAGCGCACCAAACAGAAUGCCUGCUAAGGUGGGCGCCGCCGUCUGUGAUCAUCGAUUAGCCCGCAUACGGAUUCAGUCACGUGAUUCAACCCGGCCUAUGAGAGCACGCCGACGCAAAGACUAUCUCUACUUUAUCUGCCGCCUUGGGCUGGCGUACGUGCGUGCGUACGGAACACUUGGUGACGGGCUAAUGGUGGAAGCGCACGGCGACGGCCCAUGGUUGCGUUGGGUUGGGUGGGCUUAG